ACCCUAGUUCCUUUCCUCUCCAUCUUCUUCCUCUCCGUCUGCGAGAAACCCUAGUUACUUUCCUCUCCAUCUUCUUCCUUCGAUCUUCUCUUCCUCUUCGUCUUCUUCGAAACCCAUACAAACCCAUUCCUCUCCUUCAUCUGUUCAUCUCGAAACCCUAGAUUACAGCUUCUCAGUCUUCGAUUUCUUCUCCAAACCCUAGCUUUCAUCUUCUCAGUCUUCGAUCUACACUUCUCAGUCUUCGAUCUACUGUUCCCUCAUUCACACGAUGCCUACUCGUGGCCGCAAGAGGAAAAUCGCACCUAAUCUAUCACAGAGACCCGGAGCCACCACGGCUGGUCAACGACCUAGCACUCUACCACCGCAAUACAAUUUCACGCCGGCGGUCCAAGCUCCUCAACCGCUGCAGACGCCUGAAGAACCAGUACCCGUGGUGCCGGUACAGUCAACGAUUGCCCAUGUCCGUCAAUAUCCUCCUCCACAACAACUCUUCCAGAACUCCACUAAUCAACGUCCUCGCGUAGAGGCAAACAAUUCAGAAGAAGUCCAGUUCAAUCCACAGAACAUGGCCAAUCCUCAGUCUCCUGUCCAACAGUCUCCGGCUCCAGCUUCUCCUGUCCAACAGUCUCCGGCUCAGAGUCAUCCAUCGUUCCAGGAUGAAAAUGCUCCUGUGCCUGAAAUUACUGAGGAUAACCUGCGUGCUCUCAAUGCCCUGCUUCUGGUCCCAGACCGGGAUAAGUUCACCACUGUCCUCUCUCCCACACCCGUACCAGAGACGACAUGGUUUGAUCGCGACAAAGGAUCAAAACUGGUUCAGAAGAUUACUAAGGUGAUUAAGAACAAAUUCGAUGCUCCCUACUACAGCUGGACCUGUGUGCCUCGGGACAAACAAGAGAGAUACUUCCUCGAGUUCGCGAAAACCCACACCUGGGAUCCCUUGAUAACAGGGACUGUGCAACAACAUUUCGAGGAAAUCUGUCAACGGAGAAUGAAGGACAUGGUCAGCAAUGCGAGGACAGGUUUAGAGCGACCUGAGUGGAUUGGAACCACUGUCUGGAAAACAAUGACUGAUUACUGGGACACUGAAGAAGCAAAGGCAAGGAGUCAGACCUAUUCAAAUGAGGAGGAAUUGGGAAGACCGGUCAGUCUUGGUGAGAAUGUUCAAGAGAAGUUGUCUGAGCUCGAGGCUGAGGCUGCAUGUGAUACUUCUGCUGUUUCUGAUGGUGCUUCACGACCACGAGAGCUAACAACCGAAGAAUAUACAUCCAUCUUCCUUAAGUCUACUGAUAGGGAUUCAAGAGGAAAUUUUUAUGGAGUUGGAAACCUCAAAGACUGUCUGGUCAAUGGCAAGCGCAAGCAACCCGAUUCAUCUUCUUCUUUUGUGUCUCUGCAAGAACAAUUGAAGGAAGCUCAACGCAAGAUAGAAGAGCAGGCAGCGCGUGAGGCUGAGCAAUCUCGGGCUGUGGCUGAGCAGAGGGACAGGCUCGAGCAGUUGUCUCUAGUGGAGAAGUAUCUACGUCAAACAGAUCCGCACUUCCUCGACUUCAUGGCAAGUCAGUCUGCUAAAGAGCCAACCUCAGACCCUCUCUCAACAACUCUUCCCCUUGAUGAUACAACUACAACUCCAUCUCCAUAUGCUGCUUUAUAGCUCUAUGGAACAAAAACUUAAUGUUGUU